ACUGAAAUUGAAAGAGAGAUGGAACGCCAUUUUUGUUUAUCCAGGUAAAAGAAAAAGAAAAAAGAAAAAAAAAUUGCACUCCGUUUGCCAUUGCCACCGUUAGUCAAAACGAUGCUAUUUUUUUGAAAACGGUACCGUUUCAAUUUAUUCUCACCAUCUGCACUACGUGGUCCAUUUCAGUCCAUUGGAUCAAACUCUUCUCCAUGUGUUUUCAUCUGGUACAAACUGCAGGACACUGCUGGAGGAUACCAUGGCUGGAGAGGAUCCUAAUCCGCAGGGGGGGAAAGGCAAUCAAGGAUAAAUGAAACCCAUUGAAUUUGAGCAUUACAAAUCCUCAAUUUUCAAACUCACAGCGGAAAGGCAAUCAAGGAUCAAUGAAACCCAGUUGAAUUUGAGCAUUAAAAAUCCUCAAUUUUCAAACUCACAACUCACCUACUAUUCCAAACUCAGUUCAGAAUUCAGAGCUCCAUUAUUUUCUCAUCAACAGAGCAAAAUGGCGGAGAGUGCGGUGUUCCAUCUACUAGCCAACCUUGCACCCUUUCUCCAACAAGAGGCCAAUUUGUUGAUCGGAGUUCGAGAAGAGAUCGAAUACAUCAGAGAUGAAUUCGAGCGCAUGACAGCUUUCCUCAGAGUUGCCGAUGCUAUGGAAGAGAACAACCCCGAACUCAAAGUAUGGGUCAAACAAGUCCGAGAAGCUGCGUACGACAUUGGAGAUGUUCUCGAGUUGUACAUGCUUCGCCUCGGACACCGUCAUGGCGCUGGAUUUCGCGGUUUUCUUCGUAAGGUUUCUUCCUUUAUUAGGACAUUAAAAGCUCGUCACCAAAUUGCUUCUGAAGUUCAAAGAAUAAAGUCCAGAGUGGACGAUAUUUCCAAGGGACAUCAGAGGUACCAUGACAGGUAUGGUAUGUUAGAGCAAGGCUCAAGCUCAAGGUCCACUGGUCUUAACACAGCAUGCCAUGAUUAUCGCGGCGAUGCCCUUCUACUCCAUGAAUCUGAGCUUGUGGGCAUCGACAAGCCCAAAUCGCAACUAAUUAGGUGGUUGGUGCAUGAAGACCCCAGACUCAAGGUGUAUUCUGUUUCAGGAAUGGGCGGAUUGGGCAAAACGACACUAGUUAAAAAGGUCUUUGAUGAUGCAGAUGUGAAGAAUCAUUUCCAGAGCCGUGUUUGGAUCACUGUUUCUGAAUCCUUCAAGAUUGAGGUGCUCCUAAAAGGCAUCAUCAAACAACUUUUUGAAGAAAUCAAGCAACCAGUCCCACAAGGGUUGGACAACAUGGAUAUCAACAGCUUGAAAGGGAUAAUUAAUGCUUUCCUGCAACAAAAGAGGUAUGUGCUUGUUUUCGAUGAUGUAUGGGAUUUUCAUGCGUGGCAAUCUUUCAGAUAUGUGUUUCCUAUUGGCAAUUGUGGCAGUCGAGUAGUGCUGACAACCAGAAAUGCAGAAUUAGCCUCUUUCUCUAGUAAAGAACAUAAUGGCAAUGUCUAUAAUCUCCAGCCCUUGCCUCCCAAAGAGUCUUGGACAUUGUUUUGCAGGAAAACAUUUAUGGAGAAUUCUUGCCCUUCUCAUUUGGAAGGACUUUCAAAAGCCAUCUUGAAUAGAUGCCAGGGAUUGCCGCUUGCAAUUGUGGCAAUUAGUGGUCUUUUAUCAACAAAGGAUAGGAGCAGUGUGGAUGAGUGGGAUAAGAUUUACCGCAGCCUUGGUGCAGAACUACAAGGAAAUGACAAACUCCUAAGCAUGAACAAAAUAUUGUCCCUCAGUUACAUUGAUUUACCUUAUUAUCUGAAGUUCUGCUUUCUCUAUCUAAGUGUUUUUCCAGAGCAUUGUUUCAUUGACCAUUGGAGAUUGAUUCGGUUAUGGGUGGCAGAAGGAUUUGUAGAAUUGAAAGCAGGAAUGAUGAUAGAAGAAGUUGCCGAGGGUUACCUCAAUGAGCUAAUCAAUAGAAGCUUAAUUCAAGUCGCAAAGAGGAGACGAGAUAGAAGGGUCAAAAUGUAUCGCAUCCAUGACCUUUGGCGUGGAAUAAUUUUUUCAAAGUAG